CCUCAUUAAUUCAUCUUUAUUUCCCUUUUUUUUUUCCUUUCAAGUAUUAAAAAAAAACUAAAAAAAAAAAAAAAACGGAAGUAAAAUUGGAAAAAAAAACAAAAUUGGUCCCCUGUCUUCUUUUGCUCACUGGACCCUUUUCUUGCCUUCUCUCAGACUCAAUCUCUCUCUCUUCUCACCGACACUUUCUCUUAUCACUUCUCUCUUCACCUCUUCCUUCUUCUGUGAUCAUAUCAUUUUAUUAUUUUAAGAAUUUAAUACAACAAAGCCAAUCUUUUUUAUUUUUCCUCCUUUGAAGAAGAUCAGCAGCAUUCACCUCUAAGAAAAAUCCAGGUCCUUUAAUUCUAUCUGGUUUUAUUCUCGUGGCAGAAGAAGCAGGUGAUACGAUGUUGUCUGUUAAUGCUCAUCGUUUCUUUGCACAAAGGAAACAAAAAAUGGCAGUGGAGAAAAACAAAAAAGUGGAUAAUGUCAAUGUGAAGCACAGAAAUAUUGUAUUGGUUGGAAUUAAAAUUGAUGAGAGUGGCAAAGAGAUCUUGAAAUGGGCACUUGAAGAUGUUGCAGAAUAUGGAGAUUGUGUUGUUGUUGUUGUUCAUGUUUGCUCAACUUCUCAUCGUGCCUUGAAAAGCAAGCCAUCGUUGGAUCAAUACUUAGAACAUUUUAGUGAAUUCUGCUCAACAAAGAAGAUUGAGCUCAAAAGAGAAGUUGUCAAGGGAAAUUCAGUACAAGGGGUUUUAGUUAAAGAGGCAAAGAGAUACAACGUUAUGUCCAUUGUUGUUGGAGCUAAACAUCAAAGAAAAUUAAGUCUGAAAGUAGCUAAAGGCUGCGCAAAAGAGCUUCCUCCAACAACUGAUGUUUUGGCCAUCCAUAGAGGGAAUAUAGUCUUUAGACGUUCCAACCAUUACCAACCACUUCUUGGUCAAAAGACAAGUUCAAGACCAAGUUCUUAUGAUGGGUUUUCAGACAAAGAAAACGAGUUGAAAUCCGAAGAAUCAACUGUUAAAAGCAGAGAGGUCGAGAGAACAAGCCAAGAGAAGAGGAAAGUUUCAGGUAGGUCGCUUUCUCUGCCAUCAGUAGAGGUAGUGGACCAGAAACCUGGUUGGCCAUUGCUAAGAACAACCACUUUAGCUACUACUCCAAUGGUUCAACAUCACACUCGGAAAAUAUCUGUUGUGAAUUGGGUCAUGAGCUUGCCUGAACGGUUUCCUCAUCAUCCGAAUCUGACUUCACAACCGAGCUUUUGCGAUUCACAGCUUAAAGACAUACUAAAGGAGAUAAACAGAUGGUUUAGCUAUGAUGUUCUUAAGACAGCAACAUCAGAUUUCUCUUCAGAGAAUCUAAUCGGAAAAGGAGGAUGUAAUGAAGUCUACAAAGGGGUUCUUGAAGAUGGGAAAGCCGUGGCGGUGAAGAUCUUGAAAUCGUCUUUAAAAGAAGCAGUGAAGGAUUUUGUUCAAGAAGUGAGCAUAAUCUCUUCUUUGUGUCACCAUAACAUAUCUCCUCUGAUAGGUGUCUGUGUUCAGCACAACGACCUAAUCUCCGUUUACAAUCUCUCAUCCAGAGGAAGUUUGGAGGAAACCCUUCAGGCUAAGCAUGUGUUGAGAUGGGAAGAGAGAUUCAAGAUAGCAAUUGGGUUAGGGGGAGCUCUUGAUUAUCUACAUAACCAAUGUUCUAAUCCUGUGAUCCACAGAGAUGUCAAAUCAUCGAAUGUGCUUCUCUCAGAUGAGUUCGAACCUCAGGCUAAACCCCUGAUCGAGAAAGGCGAUCCAAAAGAGCUCUUGGAUCCGAAUAUUUCAGGAACUUUCGAUGAGGCUCAGUUUCAGAAGAUGGUUCUUGCUGCUAGUUACUGUCUCACGAGAGCAGCCACUCAUCGUCCCAAUAUCAGAGAGAUACUUAAGCUGCUAAGAGGAGAAGAUGAAGUAGAGAAAUGGGUGAAGAAAGUAGAAGACGAUGAAGAUUGUUUUGAUGACGAGGUUUACCCAAAUUCGAACACAGAGUUACACUUGAGCCUGGCUAUGCUCGACGUGGAGGAUAAUGACUCUGUUUCAGUCGGAAGCUUGGAGAGAAGUAACAAUAGCCUCUUUUCUUCGUCUCCUUCCUCUCAGGAGCUCCAGUCUUAAUUAGGGCUUCUGCUUAGUGACUCGUGUUUGCUUGAGGAUUACGUCAUCUUUCAUGGUGUAUGCAAUCAAAUCACGCUAAAUAUGACUACUGACUUGGCUUUUGCAACCAUUGUCGGAAAGAUUUUUCUUUUUCUGUAUAGAUGAGAGGAGAAUUAAGACUAGAAAAUAAUGAUUACAGCUUUUUGUGUGACUAAAAGUCUAAAACUAAUUACUUAUUACUAAUUUGAAAAUGGUAUUUUCAUGAAUUAUUA